AUGCGAAGAGAGGGAGACGGCACGGGACGGGGACGCGAGGCGAAAGUCGAGCGAGCCAAGGGGAGCGCGGAGGACGCGAACGGUGGAUCGGCGAGAGAAUUGGCGAGCGGUGACGGUGAAAAAAUGAUGUCGAGGGAUGAGGACGCGAUCGGUCAUCGACGCGCGGCGAGCGUGAGUCUCAGUACGGCGGACGUGCGAGGGGUCAACUUGACGGAGAUUAAGCGCGAGUUCGCGCGGAUUAAAUCGAGCGAGCGCGAGCCGAGAAAGUCGCACAGGAGUGAGACGGAAGAUUACGAUAACUCCUGUCCGACGUGUUUCGAGGAAUACGAGGCCGAGAAUCCGAAGAUAACGCUUCGAUGUGGACACCACUUCCACUUGGCGUGCAUUUUGGAGUGGCAAGAGUACUUGGCGGUGCAGUCGCGAGACGACACGUGCCCGGCGUGCGACGCUCCGAUAGACUUUCAGGAAUGGUUUUAG